AUGGACCAUCAGUUGAGGAUUAAGGAGAAUGAUCACUUUCCGGCUCAAGCUACCAGGAUGUCUCACUUGAGCAAUGUCAACAGGCUUAUCAAGGAUAAACUCACAGCGGACCAACUUGAUAUGUUUCGUAGAAGAACAAUAUUUGGUCGAUUUGUCGACUUGGAGAUGAUGUUCUGCAGUGGUGUAGUUCAUCACUUUCUGUCAAGGGAGGUUGCUGGGAGCAGUGACAACAACAUGAGUUUCUUAAUUGGUGGCAACGUGUUGACAUUCUCAAAGGAUCAAUUCAUGCUUAUAACAGGAUUGUGGCGGCUGCCCGGUAAGAUGGUCCAGAAAAAGAUUGGAAAGAAUAUGUUGCGGAGGAAGUACUUCAACGAUGAAGCCUCCAUGCUGCUCGAAGAGUUUGUGGAGGUUUACAAGCAGACUGAUUUCGAGGACGACGAGGACGCCGUUAAAUUGACAUUAAUUUUGUACACGGAGCUUGUGAUGAUGGGAAAGAGCAAGAGCAAGUCGAAGGUUGACAUCGACUUGUACAACCAAGUCGAUGACUUGGACUACUUCAACCAUUUGGACUGGGGUUCUGAUGUCUGGAGUAGGACAGUUAACGGUCUGAAGCGUGCGAUGAAUGGAAAAGUUGCGCUAUACAAGAACAAAGUAAGAACGAACAAAAAGUAUCUAGUAAAGUAUAGCCUACCGGGAUUUCCGCUUGCGUUUCAGGUGUGA